UGAAAUAGGAAGUUCCAAGCACUACUGGACUACCAAAAUGGAAGAAACAAAAUGGAUGAUACCCACUUCACUUUUCCUCCUCACGUUUCUCAUCCUUUUAAAAUUCACACUAAAGAAACAAGUCAGGCUCAAAAACCUCCCUCCUUCCCCACCCUCUUUACCAUUUAUAGGCCAUCUUCAUCUCAUCAAACAACCCUUACAUCGUAGUCUCAGCAGGCUUACAAAAAUCUACGGCCACGUGUUAUUCCUCCACGUGGGCACACGCAACAUCCUUGUCGUCUCUUCACCUUCCGCGGUAGAAGAAUGUUUGUCAAAUAAUGACAUUACAUUCGCAAAUCGUACGUCUCUAACACUUGCUGGUAAAUAUCUCAAUUAUAAUUAUAGGACGUUAGGUUUUUCUUCCUACGGUGAACUUUGGCGCAAACUACGUCGUUUAACAACAACAGAGCUUUUCUCCACCAAUCGUCUUGCCAUGUUGACCAAUGUUCGAGAGGAAGAAGUAAAAUUGUUAGUUAAGCAAAUAUUUGAAGGGUGCAAAGGACAAUUAAUGUCAAAGGUUGAUCUCAAAACAAAAACAUUAGAACUUUCUUUCAACAUCAUGUUGAGAGUGAUAUCGGGGAAACGAUACUAUGGUGAGAAUGCGGUUGCGUUAGAAGGAAAGGAGUUUCAAGUUUUAAUGAAUGAAUAUGUAGAGCUUCUUGGAAGUGGGAAUUUGAAUGAUUUUUUUCCUAUACUAAGAUGGAUUGAUUUUCAAGGGAAGAAAAAGAAGAUGGUGAAGUUGAUGAGAAAAAUGGAUUGUUUCCUUCAAAAGCUACUUGAUGAGAAAAGAAGAAAUUGGAGUAAUGAUCAAAGAAAUAUGACGUUGAUUGAUGUUAUGUUGGACUUGCAACAAAAGGAGCCAGAAUUCUAUACACAUGAAAUAGUGAAAGGUGUUAUUUUGGUAAUGCUUGUAGCUGGCUCUGAGACUUCAGCUACAACAAUGGAAUGGGCACUCUCACUUCUCCUAAACCAUCCAGAAAAAUUGAAUGAGGUAAGGGUUGAGAUAGACACUUAUUUGAAACAAGAUGAACUUAUGACUGAAUCAGAUGCUAUGAAACUAAACUACUUGCAAAAAGUAAUCAUGGAAACACUUCGUUUAUACCCUGUGGCUCCAUUAUUAAUACCACAUGAAUCUUCCAAUGAUUGUAUUGUUUGUGGAUUUAAUAUACCAAAAGGGACAAUGCUUCUUGUGAAUCUAUGGACACUACAUAGAGACCCUAACUUAUGGGUAAAUCCAACAUGGUUUGUGCCAGAGAGAUUUGAAGAAGGUGAAUUAGGUAAUGAUGAAAUUUACAAUAUGCUUCCAUUUGGUAUUGGAAGAAGAUCUUGUCCUGGUUCUGUUUUAGCAAAACGUUUUAUGGGACAUGCAAUAGGAUCUUUGAUUCAAGCUUUUGAGUGGGAGAGAAUAAGUGAUGAAAAAAUUGAUAUGAGUGAUGGAAUAGGGCUUACAAUGCCUAAAGUUGAACCAUUGGUUGCAUUAUGCAAGCCACGCCAAAUUAUGAUCAAGGCUUUGUCCAAUAUAUAGUAAGUUAUGUAUUUUUUAUACAAUUUGUGGUGUGGGUAACUAAGUAAAAAAUAUGUAUAAAAAACUAAAAUAAAAGUGGACAUGAAAAGUUUGUCGUUAAAUUUCUAUAUAAUGUCAACCUUAGGAAGAGGAAAUGUUGACAUAAAGACACUUGUGAUUUGUGAAUGUGGGUGUUUGAAGUUAAAAGUUAACUAGUAUAAUAUUUGUGCGUACGCAGCGUCGCAGCGUUGUUGCAAUAUUUUUUUAUUGUAGGACGAAUAUUGUAUAGUACGAAAUUAGUCUUGUUAUAAAAUUAUUC